AUGGAAAAACAAGUACAAGUAGAAGAAGAGAAAAAAGAAGAAUGUCCAAGAAAAUUAGAUUUUAGUGCUCCUCUCUUGUCAACUAGACGUUCUAGUGAAAAAUCAUUAUCUUGUCCCAAUCAACUUUCCAUUGACAUUUUUAAUAGAGUGCCAUUUUCUUGGGAACAAAGCCCUGGAAAACCAAAGGAAAUGAGGUUAACAACAAACAUUGAAAUUGUACCACCUCCAAAAUUGCCACCAUGUAUGUGGCGGCAUACAAGAAAAGAUCAAUUAUUAGGUACAACAAGUAGUACUACUACAACUACUAAAUCGUACGAUGAGGUUCAUGAUGUUGACAACCAUGAUGUUUACUCAGAUGCUCUAGAUGUUUUUUCGUUAGGGAAUGAGUCUAAUGAUGAGACGGAAUAUAGAAAAUCGAAUAACGAGCUGGUUGUUCAUGAGGAAUGUAAUUAUGAUUGGUCCACCAAUAAGCCAGCAGUACCAAAUUUCAUCAUUCAAAGAUUUCUUAAAGAUGCAAAGGUACUAGCUAUUUCAUCUACCUUGGAGAAUAGAUUACAAGAGGAUGAGCAAAUUAAUGGAAGAAGAAAAUGUAAUUUUUCUCCUAAGGCAACAGUAUCAUGUGGGCUUGACAUGUUUAUUCCAUGGAGGAUAAAACCCAAGCCAUGUUGUGUGAAGAAUAGUGUAGUGGCAGCUUCGAGACCUCAAUGGAGCAAUAAAGACAAGCAUGCAUUAGAUGAGGAUCCUAAAUUUUAA